GAGAGUUCUUUGGCUUUCCAUAUUUAUCUUAUAAGUCAACCAGGUCGGAAACUUAUGGGUUAGGUCUGUCUCCCAUAGCCAGUCCCAGACCCCUUAAAGAAUAAUGGCUGGGGUACUUUUCUUCGUGGCGGAGCUGCUCGAGACGCUCAUGAAGAUCGGGAUGACUCAUUCGGCGUGGUAUCCACGUGCUACUCGAAGCAACUUGCCAUCCCUAGCCCUUGUCCACUUAUCUGGGUGCGGUGUCCGACGACUGCUAACUCAGCGUCUCCUACGCUUAACUAAAGGUUAAUGACUACACAAGUAAUAGCAGACUAAUAGUGUAACGUAAUACCCACACACAAAAGUGUGACGGAUUUGGGUGAUCAUGUCGGGAACAUUCGUCCCUCCUCGUCCGUCAGCUGCCGUUCGCAUCGUCGCUCCUUCAGCCUCUACACCUUCCUCUUCUCCUGCACCUUCUGCACCAGCCACUCCAUCGCGUGACCUGAACAAGAAUUUUUCCAAGAACAAGCCUCCCAAGUGCCGGAACAUCUUAAUCCAUGGACAUUGCAAAAAUGAAGGGAAAGGAUGCAUAUACGACCAUUCGGAUGAAUCAUUCCAGUCGAGCACAGAAUCCGGACCAACCGAGUCCAGCCCCAAGUUGGCGUCGGCUACCGUCAAUGUCAAUGCACCGGUGUUCGUUCCCAAGGCCACUAUCGUGUCUUCAACAGCAGUAUUGGACGACACGCCCGCAGAGCUUGACUUGCACCCGCCUGUUUCGGAGGCUCCAUUCAUCCCUCAAUACAAUGAAUCGAAUAUUGAUACCAACGGCGAGCCAACUCGCGUGAGCUCAGAACAUGACCUCGUCCAGUCCUAUAUACCAGGAGAUCUUCACACGCAACUCUAUAAUCAGGCCAGUUAUGGGGAUGUUCAAGACUACUACACAUCACACCAUACUCCCUACGGUCAUCAGCCACUCAAUUAUCAUCUUUACACUCAACUUCCGUAUGUCCCGAAUGGUACCCCAUCAACUCGACCGGUUUCGCACCGCUUCUUCAUGUCCGACACGCUUCGCGAAGACUUUCAGCGUCGCUCGGAGGCCAUUUAUUCCAUCUCACCCUCACGACAAAUAGCAGCAUCGAUGACGAACGACAAGCCUCUCCCUGAGGAAAUCCACACCUACCAUUCAUUCGUUCCACUGGAGCCUUCAGGACCACUUCAGUCCACGCCAGUUUUUAAUGCCAUAGGAUUCCCCAGCAUUGUCUAUAAGGCCACAAAUCGCGCUGAUGGUGGUACCGUUGCAUUGCGAAGAAUCGAAGGGUUCCGGUUACAACAGGAGGUUGCCUUCUCAGCAGUCGAAGCUUGGGGGAAGAUCAAGCAUCCGAAUAUUGUACAUUUGCGGGAAGCAUUUACGACGCGAGCUUUCGGAGAUCAUUCGUUAGUGUUUGCUUAUGACUAUCACCCUGCAGCCAAAACGCUCGCAGUCCUUCAUCUGCAGCCAAACGAGACCUCGACCACUCGGCCACCUUCCCGCAGCCAUCGUCACAGGCACGGGAAGGGUGGUUCCGGGAAUACUCGGGAUCAGUCGCAGCAGGGUGGCACCCCUGUUGAAGAGGCUGUUCUUUGGUCAUACAUCGUGCAGAUUGCGAAUGCGAUGAAGGAGGUUCAUGAUCGAGGUCUUGCGAUAAGAACGUUGGACGCGAGCAAAGUGCUUGUAACUGGCAAGAACCGGGUGCGAGUGAACUGCUGUGGGAUACUGGAUGUGAUGACGUAUGACCCACGCAAUACAUCCAUUGAAGUACUUCAGCAAGAGGACCUGCUAUCGUUUGGGAAGCUGGUCCUCACGCUUUGUUGUCACAAUCCACAAGCCUUGAACAAUCCAGCCAAAUCCAUGGAAAUCCUCUCAAGGAAUUAUUCUUCCGACUUGAAGAAUGUUGUCCUCUUCAUGCUUUCUAACCCUUCCCCGAACAAGGUAAUCGACCAGUUGCUUGAGAUGUUCGGAACAAGACUGUUAACGGAGAUGAAUGCAAUACAAAAUUACGCGGAUGAGUUGGAAAACGAGCUGAUGAGCGAGCUAGAGAAUGGGCGGCUUGUGCGGCUAAUGGCAAAACUGGGAUUCAUCAACGAACGCCCCGACUUCAACCACGAGCUUAGAUGGUCCGAGACAGGGGAUAGGUACAUCAUCAGUCUUUUCAGGGAUUAUGUUUUCCACCAGGUGGACGAUGCACAUAACCCGGUAGUGAAUCUAACCCAUGUCAUCACUUGUUUGAACAAGCUUGAUGCAGGAACGGACGAGCGCAUCAUGCUCGUCUCCAGAGAUGAACAGACAUGCUUGGUGGUGAGUUACAAGGAAAUCAAGCAAUGUAUAGCUUCAGCGUUCAACGACUUGGGGCGAGCUGGUUCCCAUCGGUGAUUGGGAGAUAUUUGAAUUGUAAUUUGGGCAUGUUUUCCUCAUUUUGUUGUUCCAUCCAUAUUGCACCCAUGUGUUCCACUCGCUGUUUGUUUCUGAUGGCUUACUUUCUGGUAUGUGUAGGAAUGUUUUUAGGAGCGAUCUAGCUAGUAAUCGUCCAGUAACGCAUCGAAGACGUUGGGUGCGACUGACUGUCACAGAUUAAUAAAUUUUGAAGGCCGGAACAAUUCUGGCCUCCAACUGAUGUGAAAUGAGAUUGCCAGGGGACGCAGUGGCUCAACGACGAUAUUUUGUUUGGAUAAGAC